AUGGCACCCGCACAGCUCGAACUAUUCAAAUUCGGACUUUGUGAGCUCUCCAUCCUCUCCAGAAACACUCGAUCCUGUGGUUGACGAGUGAAAUCUGUCGUGACCGCGGAUAGACGUCUUUAUUCCGAUCGCUGCGAUGCUCCAUUACGGCGAUCCGGAUUGGUACGAACAAUACGUCGGCCCGCUUCGAUCGAACUACCGCAAAGAUGACUUGCCUCAGGUGCGUAAAAGGUCAAACUACAGCUCGAUACCGGUCGCCCCUGACACGUUCGCGUGGCCUGAUCUGAUUCCUGCUCGCUGCCCCUGCAGAUCGCACCGGCUCAAACACCAUCCGAGCUCAAGGAUCAGCUCGCGAAGAUGAGGGAGGAAAGGUUGAAGAAGAGGGAUGAGAGGAAUACCUCGACGACCACCACGGCACCUACAAUAGCGAACGCGGAGUCGCCGAGGAUUUGA